UCGCGCUUCCAUUACGUUUAGCGGAAGUGAAUUAUCAACAACUCAAUUUUCUAGUCAAAAUACUGCAUUUGACGCAUGCUAAACAUGGACAAUUUACGCUCACUUUAUCCAGAAUUGGAGCCGUUUGACUCCGGAAUGUUAAAAGUCUCCGACAUUCACCAGAUUUACUACGAACAGUGCGGAAAGAAGGAUGGAAAACCGGCACUUUUUCUACAUGGCGGUCCUGGUGGUGGCGUUGGUAUGAACGACAGACGUCUAUUUGAUCCUGAGGUCUAUAGAGUUGUGCUACUUGAUCAGCGGGGGGCAGGCAAGUCAACACCUCCUGCAGAGCUCAAGGACAAUACAACAUGGAACCUUGUUAAUGACAUUGAAAAGCUGCGUGAUCACCUAGGAAUUGAGAAAUGGGGUGUUGUCUUCGGUGGAAGUUGGGGCUCCUCCCUGUCUCUCAUCUACGCGCAGUCUCAUCCUGACAGAGUUAAAGCAAUGGUGCUGAGAGGAAUUUUCCUUGUAAGAAGAGAGGAGAUUGAAUGGUUUUAUCAAAAAGGUGCUGGCAAUAUCUAUCCUGAUCAUUUUGAGAAGUUUGUUGAACCUAUACCUGAGGCCGAAAGAGGCAACCUGAUCAAGGCCUACUAUAAACAAUUGACCAGUGAAGACCGUACCGUCCGUGUUCGUGCAGCAAGAGCGUGGAGUACCUGGGAGAUGGUGACGUCGUCUUUGUAUUUGAAUCCUGAAGCUUUGAAGAGGACGGAAGAUGACGAGUGGGUGCAACGCUUUGCCAGGAUUGAAUGCCACUAUUUCAACAAUGAUUCCUGGCUAGAUGAGGAAACGCACAUUCUUAAUAACAUAGACAAGAUUCGCCACAUACCAUGCACCAUAGUCCAAGGCCGAUACGAUUUGGUCUGUCCCAUGACCUCAGCAUGGGCUUUACAUAAGAAAUGGCCCGAAGCUGAGCUCAAUGUUGUGCCCGAUGCUGGACAUUCAGCAAAAGAACCCGGGAUCCGUGCAAUGCUACUCGAAGCUACGGACAAAUAUGGGAAGAUGUAGACCAAAGCUACUGUUAACCGCCAAAUGUUCACCGUCGUUGCAUUUUGCGGAUUUGGGAAUUUCCAAGAUUGCCUAAAAUAAAGAUCGUAAUCCACCAAAAUGAAUAUCUAGAAAAAAUAUCAACGUCGAAAAAAUGUGUCGGUUUAGUCGUACAUGGCUCCGAUCUGGACGACAAAAAUUUGAGUGGUUGUUAAAAUUACAGCUAUUUUUGCGGGCCUUACUGUGCUUAGAGUGACAGUUGCAAAAAUCCAUUCCCAAAAUCAAAGUAAACCAGACAUGACCCUGAAAAUAGCAACCUGUGAUUUGCCAACUCUCAAUGGACUGUUUUUUAUAGUAAUUAUUUUGUACAGAAUU